AGCGAGGUGACACCUAACCGCGAAAUUUUAUUAAUAUUUGCACGGAGAAAAUAAAAAUAAAUAAAUAAAGAAAAGUGGAAGGGGGUGAUUGCAGUGGAUUCAAGAGUGGGGAAUUAAAUACAAAACAUACAUUCUGAUAAUUAUCAGAAUGAACAGCUGGCUUUCACGAGUAGCAGUCCGUGCGUUAGUGUUUUUUUACAUCACUGUAGCUGCAAUAAUUAGUAGUUAAUUUUUCUUUUUUUUUUUUUUAAAUAAAAGUCAUUGUUGCGUUAUGAUAUUGAAUAUUUUAUCAAGCUACCACCAAAGUUCUUGCUGCAUCAACUACCAAGACUAUUUUUAUCAGCUGUCAGUUCAUUAUCGGAGUAUAUUUUGGAAACUAAGUGUUUAAUUAACAAUUUUUACUUAGUAAAUAUUUUAUUAAUUAAAGGUCAAGUUAAUUUUUAGUGGAACGAUAAAUUUUUUGUAAUUUAAAAUAAUGAUGGGAAUGAAUGACUUGAUUUAUUGGUAUCAAAAAAAAAUAGGAACGUAUGACAAACAGCAAUGGGAAAAAACAGUAGAGCAGAGAAUAUUUGGCGGGUUGAAUAAUGUUCCAAUGAGAACAGCCAAGUUAAAAACAGAAUUUAUUGACGUGGAUUUGGUACGAGGAUCUUCAUUCCCAAAAGCCAAGCCAAAGCAUGGACUGAUAACAGUGACCUGGUUGGCUGUCAAGAGAUUAAUUUUACUGCCGUUUUACAAGAGUUGGUGGAUCCAACAAACGAGUUCUAGAAUAUUCUUACUAUUUAUUUUGCUUUACAGUUUACAGAUUUUUAAUAUUAUUAUUUUUAUCGCUGGUGCUAACUUCAAUGACUCUGAUAUUGUAUCGUUGCCUGAAGUUCUGAUGCCGGUGGCGAUGAUGUUCCUCCUCUGUACGGUGCACUCGCAGAUAGUGUCGACGAAUUCAGGCCCUACAAUAUCUACCGGCAUAAACCGGUCACGUGCGCGAAGGUCUCGCCACGAUAGAAUCCGGCCUGGUAAACUGAGACCGAGAAAUCUUCAGCGUGGCCAUCGUAUGGGAAGUGAUAUUAACAAGACUUCGCAAGAGACUGUUUGCUGUGAUAAAAGCAAUGCUAAAAAUUAUUCCAGUGUCUCACCUUCAGUGAGAUUCGCUAAAAAAGUUUGUAUUGAUCCUUCGACUCCCAGACGAGAAAUUCCUAGUUCAUCAAAAGAAUUAGACAAGUCGCGUGUGACUACGUCAACGCCGGUCCAGGAGUCAGUUUUAAAUAGAUCAAGACUAGCUGUUAAUGUUGCGAAUGUUAAUUUAAAUGUUGAUGGCGUGCAUCAGGAUGACGAUGGAUUUGAAAGUUUGAAUGGGAAUGUAUCCAGUGACAAUGAUCGCGCUAGUUUACGGCCUCAAGUUCCCAAUGAUGAAGAGAUUAAACCGGAAGUUGUGACUUCCUCUAGUAGCGAUGAGAAGCUUGUAAAUAAUUCUAGUGAAAGUUCACGUAUCUUAAAUCUUGACGUUUCGAGGACCAACGAUGACAAUUUAGCAGAACCAUGCGAAAGCAAAGAUAUUAAUUCAUCAAAACCAGUGGAGAGUGUAAAGCAAUUUGAGAGUGAAGAAGAAGGUGAGUGUGAAGAAACUGGGACAAAUCAAUUGACUGAAGUAACAACAUCUGCUACUGAAUGGAUGGGAGUUACUACUAACAGUGAUGAAUGUAGUUAUAGCUCGGAUCUUGAUGAGUCCCAGCCUCACAGCGACAGUAAUUACAGUUACGGUGAGUUUGUCGAGCAUCCUUUCUCUUGGGAAUUUGAACUACCGCCUUCUAUUUUAUUGAGCUCAAGUUGUAUGACAUCUGACCGAGUGACUUGCACACUUUGGACGAGAAGAGAAAUAAAAAAAGCCGAAUUAUCGGUUUUGGACAUAAGCUCAGCAAUAAUAGCACGAGCAGAGUCAAUGCCCGAGAGCUUGGAUUAUUUCUACGGAGGACUAGUGCUCUCAAUAAUACUUGCUGUGAUACCAGCGCUGAGAAGACUCAGCGAUCAUUUUGGAUCCGAUACUGGCAAUUCCACCGGGAUUGUUGUAGACUUAGCUCUAAUUGAUUUCAAUAUUUAUGUCGAUUUCUUAAAAGAGAUUAUUGACGUUUCAUUUGGCAGCACUCUCUGGGAACGAAUUGUCGUUCUGAUUUUAUCAUUUGAAAGAUUAAUACUUUCCUGCUUGUUAUUUUUUCUCCUCGCCGUCGCUGAGAGAACUUUUAAGCAGCGAUUACUGUACGCUAAAUUAUUUUCACAUUUAACAUCAUCCAGACGCGCAAGAAAGUCUGAUUUACCACAUUUUAGAUUAAAUAAAGUCAGAAAUAUUAAAACUUGGCUGAGUGUUAGGUCAUAUUUGAAGAGACGAGGACCUCAGAGGUCUGUUGACGUAAUAGUCUCGGCUGUCUUUAUUGUAACACUGCUCUUACUAUCGUUUGUCAGCUUAGAAUUAAUUAAAGACUUAGAAAGCCUACACUCGAGGUACAACAUCGAAGCGCUUCUUUGGAGUUUUACUCUCGGGAUUUAUAUCCUAAGGUUCAUGACUUUGGGCACUAAAAUAAAUAAAAAAUAUCGCAACCUUUCGAUUUUAAUUACUGAGCAAAUAAAUCUUUAUUUACAAAUUGAGCAAAAACCUCAUAAGAAAGACGAACUGACCGUUGCUAAUAGUGUUCUUAAACUUGCUGCUGAUUUAAUAAAGGAACUGGAAAGUCCAUUUAAAAUUUCUGGUCUAUCAGCUAAUCCGUAUCUGUAUACGAUAACUAAAGUUGUACUGCUGUCAGCGCUCUCAGGAGUCCUGUCAGAAUUACUAGGAUUUAAAUUAAAGCUUCAUAAAAUAUCAAUUAAGUAAACCAGUAGUAUUUAAAUUAAAAGACUAGACAAACCUCGGUUAAAAAUAAUAAAUUUACAGAUAUAUAUAUAUUUAGAUGUAUAGAUAAAUAUUUUGGGCAAUACUUUUAAUUAUAAAUGUAAUUAUAAUUACAGUAAUACCCAUAAGGUAAUAUUUAACAAAUGCAAUUAUGUAAAUAGUUAAAGUUGAGUAUAAUCAAUCAGAAAUGUGAUAAGCGCUUUAAGAUUAACGAACUUGAUAAGGAUCUCGCCGUUGUUAAGAGUAAUUGACUAUUAAAAGACAAUUAUUUUAAUCGCGUACCUGACUCGCGUAUUAUUUUACUGUAAAUAAUCACUUGAGAUUAUUAUUAUUGAUAAUAAAUAUUUAAGUAGUCAAUUUA